AUGGGGCAGCGCAUUGGCGGUGACCACAGGGGCAUCGAUCGGCGGGCGGAUCGCCCGGAAAAUCGUGCCCCUGUGAAACCCGCAAUUGGGCGCCAGCGUCACUUAAACACGCCCGGCUGCGUCCUCUUCUUUCAAUCUCGCUCUCCCGCCACUUUGAUAUCCCUCCUCGGCGAUAUCAAUCAUGGGUUUAUCCCGUCUCCUCCGCAUCCCGCGGCCAGAGGAUGGGAACCAGACCCUGUUUGGACCCCCGUUGCCCGGUCGCGCGCUGAAAUGAGGCUAACCAUCGCAUCCCGGCUUUCCGGUGACCUCACACAGACUUUCCUCUAUGUUAUGAGUCUCCAGACAGGAGCUUCCUUGAUCACUCUCUCCUUACUCCUCAAUAAAAUCAGCGGACUUUAUGGCUUGCUCGCCCUGUUGACCGGUUACCACCUCUCUCCGGUGCAGCUGUCCAUGUACAUUUACUCCCUCCUCGCGCUCGGUCUCGCAACUCUGCUCUUCCCGCACAUCCGGAAACAAACGCCGCUACAAUGCCUCGCGCUCGCUUGGCUCUAUGUCUUCGACAGCCUAAUAAAUGCCGCCUAUACUGCAGCUUUCGGUGUGACCUGGUUCCUGGUUGUGUCUCAGCAUUACGACAACGGCAACGCCUCGGGACCGGGUGGUGAGACCAUCGCCCAGACCGCUGGCUUCACCAGCCCCAAGUAUGACACCACCAAAACAGAGAGCGGUCCCUACGCAAGGAGGCCGGAUGCGCUCGGGAACGCUGUGGCACAACCUGAAAGCUUCCAAAGCAUCCUGGUCAUUUGCUGUCUCUGGGUCAUUCGUGCUUACUUCGUCUUCGUUAUGCUCGCUUUUGCUCGUCAGGCACUCCGCCUCUACGUCGCCGUGCCUCGCCACACCCAACUCCCCACUCACAGCCGUAAUACCUCCAUCGCGAGCGUCGCCAGUGUUGCGGACAUCGACCGGGAGCCCUUCUCCCCGUAUAGUCCCGAUGGCCAAGGUUGGCAGGGAAAGCUUGGGCGCAUCAUGAUCAGCAUCGGUCGCAACUACUGGCUCGGCGAGGAUGAGGAAGGCGGAAACUGGAUGGCCACCCUUGGCCGCCGUUUCCGGGCUCGUGCUGAAGACAACGAACUCCCCGGCCCCCUCGAGCGGGAGAGGAGACGUCGCUCUGGAACCGGACCUCCCCAGCCCUCCCAGUCCGCCUUUCAGGCUGUAGCCUUGCAACAACCGAUCCAUGAACAGGUCCCGGGAAUGAACGUGAAGAUGCACGGCUGGACCGAAAGCAGGUAA